UUCUGCCCUAGGAGCACAAGUUUGGAAGCUCUGGGAGACGCCAUCCCCUCUCUGCUUUAAAAUUAAAUUACAGGUUUCAUUAUGGGUCGACUUGAUGGGAAAGUCAUUGUCCUGACGGCUGCUGCUCAGGGGAUCGGCCGCGCAACUGCCUUAGCUUUUGCAAGAGAAGGUGCCAGAGUCAUAGCCACAGAUAUCAAUGAGUCCAAACUUCAGGAGCUGGAAAAGUACCCGGGUAUUCAAAUUCGGGUCUUGGAUGUCACAAAGAAGAAACAGAUUGAACAGUUCGCCAAUGAAAUUGAGAGACUCGAUGUUCUCUUCAAUGUUGCUGGUUUUGUCCAUCAUGGAACUAUCCUAGACUGUGAAGAGAAAGACUGGGACUUCUCAAUGAACCUCAACGUGCGCAGCAUGUACCUGAUGAUCAAGGCCUUCCUUCCUAAAAUGCUUGCUGAGAAAUCUGGCAAUAUUAUCAACAUGUCCUCUGUGGCUUCCAGCAUCAAAGGAGUUGAGAACAGAUGUGUGUACAGCACAACAAAGGCAGCUGUGAUUGGCCUCACAAAGUCUGUGGCUGCAGAUUUCAUACAGCAGGGUAUCAGGUGCAACUGUGUGUGCCCAGGAACAGUUGAUACCCCAUCUCUGCAAGAAAGAAUACAAGUCAGACUAAAUCCUGAAGAGGCACAGAAGGACUUCCUGAAGAGACAAAAGACGGGAAGAUUUGCCACUGCGGAGGAAGUAGCCAUGCUGUGUGUGUAUUUGGCUUCUGAUGAAUCUGCCUAUGUAACUGGGAACCCUGUCAUCAUUGAUGGAAGCUGGAGCUUAUGAUUUCAGCAAUUUCUUGGUGGGAAGGAAGGUAGACCCUUCCAAUCCAUGGUGAACCUGGUUAUGAAGAAAACUGAUUGAUCAUCUCUUUCUUCAUCUAGACAUGUUAACGAAAACAAGCUUGUUUUAAUGAUGUCAUUGUUCACAAAAGUCUGAUUCUUUAAUUAUAUUAAUGUCUUUGUAAUAUCUUCUGAAAUCAUUGUAAGUAAAUGAAAUUAAAAAACACUGAACGCCUUGCAAGAGCACAGUUUUUAAAAUACACCUCAAUUUGUAAG